AAAACAAUAUUUGUAAUGACGCAAAGAAACAUAAUUCACCUUUUCUAACUGUAAGUGGUGAAAUUGUGACAUCGUCUCAGUCCCAUGGAACAUCUUAUCAGUCCCAAAAACAAAGACUAAUUCUUGAACCUCUAGAUUCAUCAACCAAUAGGAUUAUGUUAUUUAAAAUUUGAUAUCUUUUAUAAAAGGAAACAAAAUAUUGUCAAGUUAUAUUCUGUUUUUAAAAUAAAAAAAUAAAAAAUAAAAAAUAAAAAUAGUUGUAAUUACAAAAAAAAUAUUUUUAACGUCGUCAGGAAAAACUAAACCCUAAAUCCUAAUCCCUAAACCCUAAAUCCGAAACCCUAAACCCUUGGAUAAAUCAUAAACUCUAAAUCAAAAACACUAAAUACUAAAACACUCAAAGGUUUAGGAUUUUAGUGUUUAGUGUUUUUGAUUUAGAGUUUAUGAUUUAUCCAAGGGUUUACGAUUUAUCCAAGGGUUUAGGGUUUCAGAUUUAGGGUUUAGGGAUUAGGAUUUAGGGUUUAGUUUUUUGCUGAAAACGUUAACAAUAUUUUUAAAAAAAAAAUUCUUUUGUAACUACUAUUUUUUUACCUUUUUAUUUUAAAAACAUAAUAUAACUUGACAAUAUCUUAUUUCUUUUUUUAAAAGAUAUCGAAUUUGAAAUAAUAAAAUCCUAUUGGUUGGUGAACCUAGAGGUUCAACUUAGUGGGUGAACCCAAGAAUAACUCCAAAAACAAUUUGGAGAUGGAUUUUCUCAUAGAACUAUUUUUGGUAAUGGCCUUGCGCUUGAAAGUAUGAAUGAUAUCUACAAGGAGCUUGCUACCCUAUAGUCUUUUGGAUGGAUCUGAGUAAUUUUCUCUAUAGUCAGUCCCUUUUAAAUUUUAACUAGUUUCUGACCCGCCCUUUCUAGGGCGGGCAUAUUUUUUGUUUUACUUUAUUUUAAAAAAUUUUAAUUUUCGUAUUUAAAUUUUUUUGUAACGAUAUUUUUUAUUUCUUUAAUCAUAUUUGUGUUAAUUUUUUUAAUUAUUACUAAUAAAUACAUAAAUAUAAUUAAAUUUGAAAUUUGUUGCGAUAUUUUGUAUUUGAUAAUCAUUUUGUAUGUUUCAUAAAAUAACCCGUAGAUAAUCUUAAUAGUAAAAACAUCAAAUUGUUGUCAUAUAUAAUAACUUUAGUUAACCUUCACCUUUCCAUUAAGGCAUUAACAUUAAACUGUCGCCAUAUUUAAACAACUUCUUAAUGUAUAUAUUUUAUCUUUAUUUCAAAUCAUAACUGUUGCUAUAUAUGAUAACUUACAGAGAAGUGGAUUCCACCUUUUGUGGAAAUAAGGUCGAUGAUAGUAUUAAAAAGCAGUAAGAAAUGUAAUGAAAUAUAUAUUGAUUGAAGUACUCUAGCGGGUAUAUUCAAACAAUGCAGUUAUCAAUAGGUCGAUGAUAGUGUUAUAUCUUUUAUAUGCAGUCAUAAAAUAAUUAGUUGGACUACACCUAUAUCAAUAGGUCAUGUUCCUGUUUUAAUAGAAUAGAUAAAAAUCAUCAUACAGACCGUAACUGGUAAUUUUUUUGUUUGGUAAAUCGGUUUUCCUUGACGUUCCUUUUUUUUUUUACGGAAAACACUUUAGUUUUUCAUCAUUAUUGGUUAAGCAUAGCAAAUACAUGUCUUCCUCCUACUUGUCUACAUUAAUCCCAGAAAAUGCGUUAUUAAUGUCUUAUGCUGAUUCUUAUAAAAGUAACAUACGCCUCAAUUAGUGAAUGUAUCUGAAACUAAAUCACAAAGCGAACCUUUCAAGACCUCUUUAUACCAACAAAGGCCAAUCAUUCCAAAACCUCUGCCUUUCUUGUUCAUAGUGAAUGUAUUCUUUUUCUUUAAAACUCAGCGGUUGCCCUGAAUUCACUUUAUAAAAAUAAAUGCCUUUUAAGAACUUACGAGUAAUUAAUUCAUGCUUGACAGUUUUUUAUUUAUAUUUUGGAUUCGAGGUUUUAAAAUAAAAAGUAUGAAAGCUCUUUUUGUUGUUAUCAAGUAUAACUUGAAAUUGGAUGGGUAGACUGAUGACUGGUGCGCAUAUUGAAUUUCAGAAACUGUCGUCUUACUUUAACAUAAUUACACUCACAGCUGUGCUGAUCGAACGAUGCUUCACUCGAAUGUUAAAUAAAAUGCAUGAGAAAGAUGAGUUUACUUGGAACACAAUAAACGUACGUUGCAUACUCUCGUUCGAGGAAACUGGCUGAUGCUAAACAAAUGAUUAAUUUUGGAAAGUAAAUAUAGACUGGAGCCUGCUGUCCUUUCAGUUUUCAUUUGGAGUUUUUUUUUGAAAAUUAUAGCUAAAUUUUGAUCUAAUGUUUUCAAUAUUUGUAUAGGAAUGGUGAUGCAAGAAACUCUAUUUGAUUUUAAUCCUUUUUAAUCCCAAAAAAAAAAACUCUAUUUAUAUUAACUACUAAUUGAUUUGUUUCCCUUAUUCCAAAUAUAUUUCUUUCCCUGUAUUUAAAUAUAUAUUAACUACUAACUGGUCUGUUUCCCUAUUUCAAAAUAUAUUUCUUUCCAUGUAUCCAAAAUAUAUAUUAACUACUAGUUUAUUCGUUUCCCUUAAGGACCCUUUCCCUUAAUCCGAAGUAUCUAUUACUACUUAUUCAUUUGUUUCCGUGUAUCCAAAAUAUUAACUACUAACUGAUUUGUUUCCCUAUUUUAUUUCAUUCCAUAUACCAUUUUUGUAAAUAUAUAUAUAUACCUAACUCUAUAAAUAUAAUAUGUGUGUACACUACUAUUACCCAUUAUAUUGAUUUAUUCUUUAAGAAAAUUCUCUCCAAACUGUAUCGUCAAAAAUGACUAAAGCCUCAAUUGUUGCUUUCUUCAUGAUCAUCUUCCUUCUAGGAAUAUCAAUGCAGGAAACUCAAGGACAGCAAAUGUGUCACGAUCUUGCAAUAAAAUCGAACUGUAAUGAUGGCGCAUGUACCAAUCUGUGUAAGCUGAAAUGGAAUGGAAGCGGCUCGUGCUUUCAAAACCAACAAGUUUUCAGUUGUUUAUGCAAUUUUAUUUGCAAAUUUUAAAUUUAUUUAUUUUUAUCUACAUGUUGCAAUUUAUAAUUUAUCUAUUUAAAUUUAUAGUUAAGAGUAAUAAUAUUUUAUUUUGGCGUUUAUUUAAUUUUAUAUGGUUCCGUUUUCUAGCGGGAACGAAAACGGUUUCUGUUGAAAUCAAUUAAAUAAAAAAACAAAUAAUUCCAUUACAAAAGCAUGAGUAAGCGCACUCUGUUUUGCUUAUAUUGUAACUUUUAGCUUACAUAACGAAGCUAUUAUUACAUACAUACUACCACAUAGAACCAUUAAGAUGCUUAUUCAAAGUCGCCUACCACCUGGAAUCUUAAUCCAUUCAAGCUGAAUCUCGACUUCACCGCACUCGACAUUCCUCACUCAACACAAGAAUCAUGUCCUGAACGAUCUUGCCAUUAUGAUGGAAGAUUCUGCUCUCUUCAGACAAGCAGUUUCUCUGGUGGGCAGGACUCUCUUGAUCUCUGUUCCACCUUGAAUUUCUUGCAAACCUCUAGUUUAUGAACCUCUAGGAACGGCUUGAUAAUGAUCUGCGCAUCUCCCAUCUUAUCGUGCGAUGUAAAUGUAUCUUUAUCAUACACUAUCUGCACUCAUAAUAAAUCAUUUAGAAACACUGUUAGACAGUAUAAUACGUUGGAACUUGAGAUGGAUCUUGGUUAUUUUUUUCUGACAAUGUAGAAAAGCUAACAUCGUUGACCUAUCUUUGCGUUUGUUGGUGCAACGCUAUGCAUUUCUUGUUGUUGCCAUUGUAUUUCUCUGUUUCUUGUUGCCAUUAUAUUGCUGUCCAAAACUGAAAAAUUGAUAAUAAUAUCUGUACAUUUUUUUUUUAAUUCCUCUUUAUUUAUUUUGCAAAAGACAAAUUACAAAACUUUAUACCUACCUUUACCAAAAAAAGAAAAGGUGCAGGGACUUAACAAUGCCCUUAAAAGAUACUUAACCAAGUACCCAAAUAAGUGAGAGAGGAGCUGCUUGUGAUUCUCAUGUUCCUAGAAAGAGGAUCAAGCUUCAGUCUGAUGGUUUGUUUAACUUCUUGAAUGAUGGCUUGAGGGGGUCUACUCACGCUGGAGUGGAGGCGACUAUUUUUUUCCUUCCAAAUCAUGUACACAACCGCUUGGAAGACGAGUUUUGUGAUCAAGAGGAUGUUAGGAUCUGUUGAAGAAGUCUUUAGCCACCUGAGACAAUCUUCAAACCCUGUGGGAGGAUUAACUUGGAUGCGUGAGCAGAAGUACAUCCAUAUCUCAGAACUGUAUACACAAUCAAAGAACAGGUGCUGUCUAGACUCUGCACAACCGGAACUAUCUGUACAUUUUUACCAAAAUAAAAAAGAACGCUAUGCAUUUUCAUUACACUUCAAAAAAGCAAUCCUGCAAAAAGUUUGUGUAGAUAUACAAAUACAAAUUCAUCUAUCAAGAUCCAUAUAUUUUGAAAUUCGAUGUGGAUCACGAGCUAACUCUCAUGUAGGCUUAGGUAUUUUGGGUAUUAUUUCGGUUAGAGUCGGUUAUUUAGAGUAUUUCGGUUUGGAUAUUUUUGGAUCAUUGUCAGUUCGGAUAAUAAAUCUAGUUUGGUGCCGUGGUCUUAGUUCUUUCUUUAGAAUUUAGGCGGUAGAUACUUUGACUGUGACAUGUUUUUUGCGGUGAUUUAUUUUCAAAGACAUUAAGAGCACUAAAUAAAAGUUUUAGAAAAAAUAAAUCAUAACUGUUUCACAAAAUAUCUUUACACAAUUUUUACAGCUCUUUCCAAUCACCCUAUAUUUAGUGAUUUUAAAACUUUGAAAUAAUUCUACAUCAGUAAAAUAUAAAGUUGCAGCGAUAAAAUCUACUGUUUAGAUUUUAAAGUAAAAAAUUUGAAGUUACACUCUCUACCAAUCAAAUCUUUAAAUUAAGGAUUUGUUUUAUUUCUUUAAGAGUAAAAAAAAAAUAUAUAUAUAUAUAUAUAUUAAGGAUUUAGGGUCAUAUUCAACGUGACAACUACCAAAGCAGCUUCUUUAAAGAAAAAAAAAAAAAA